UGUCCCAACCCUUUGGUCACACAGUGUAGAAGUGCGUGUGCAAAAAAAAAGAAAAGUUGGUUACAAAGCCACGAAUAAAUCGCAAAAUUCUUAGUUACAAGCCAAAUAAAAUUCAAAUUAAAUAAUAUUACCAUAAAGUAGCUGACACAGUGAACGUUGCGCAAUUUCUUCGUGUUGUAUAGACGCUUAAAUCAUCAGGCGGUUAUUAUGAAAGGAAAUUACUAUAAAAUGUCUCGUAACAAAGACAAAUAUGACAGUACGAACAGAAGACAGCAGAUAUUUCUAUCCGCUGAGGACAUUGCUGCCGGCAAGAAGCCCAACUGGAGCGGCCUCGAGAUAACUGGCUGUGUGAGGAAUAUAAGCCCCUCGUUGUGGGAGUUCGAACACCUGACCGCUCUCUAUCUGAAUGACAACCAGCUGUUGAGGCUACCAGCGGAUGUGGGAAUGUUGGUUAGUUUGCGUACACUCGAUUUGUCCAGCAACAAGUUGCGCAGUCUGCCAGCUGAGAUCGGGGAGCUCAUACAGCUGAGGGAACUGCUGUUGAACAAUAACUUUCUGCGCGUACUGCCGUAUGAAAUUGGCAAGCUCUUUCAUUUGGUCAUACUUGGUCUGAUGGGCAAUCCGCUACAAAAGGAGUUUAUGAACAUUUACAAUGAGCCAAACGGGACACCGAAACUGCUCACCUACAUGCUGGACAACUUGUCAUUUACCGUCAAUCCACCGCCUCAAAGGCCAUGGCUUCCACUUGCCAAGCCCAACAAAACCCGACCAGCAUGCAUUUUCACGGUCAUGUGUUAUAAUGUACUCUGCGACAAGUAUGCCACUCGGCAGAUGUAUGGAUACUGUCCGGGAUGGGCACUGGGCUGGGAUUAUCGAAAGAAGUCAAUUAUCGACGAGAUACGGCACUAUGCGGCGGAUAUUAUCAGCCUGCAGGAGAUCGAGACGGAACAGUUUUAUCACUUUUUCCUUCCCGAACUAAAGAAUGAUGGCUACGAGGGCAUCUUCUCACCUAAAUCUCGUGCCAAGACAAUGUCCGAGCUGGAACGCAAGUAUGUCGACGGCUGUGCGAUAUUCUUUCGGACAUCAAAAUUCACGCUGAUUAAGGAGCAUCUAAUUGAAUUCAAUCAGCUGGCAAUGGCAAAUGCAGAGGGCUCGGACAACAUGCUAAAUCGUGUGAUGCCCAAGGAUAACAUCGGGCUGGCCGCUCUGCUAAAGGUGAAGGAGACUGCCUGGGAGCCAAUGUCGGAGGUGACACAGAUCUCACAACCGCUGCUUGUGUGCACCGCUCACAUACAUUGGGAUCCCGAAUUCUGUGAUGUCAAACUCAUACAGACAAUGAUGCUGAGCAAUGAACUGAAGACGAUCAUUGAUGAGGCAAGUCACAGUUUUCGCCCAGGACACAAGAAUGAUUCGAACAGUGUGCAGCUGUUGCUUUGCGGCGAUUUCAAUUCGUUGCCGGACUCGGGCGUGGUGGAGUUUCUGGGCAAGGGACGAGUUGCAAUGGACCAUUUGGACUUCAAGGAUAUGGGCUACAAGAUGUGCUUGCAGAGAUUGCUGUCCAAUGAUACAAACGAGUUCACGCAUUCCUUUAAGCUGGCAUCCGCCUAUAGUGAGGACAUAAUGCCACACACCAACUAUACGUUCGAUUUUAAGGGCAUCAUCGACUAUAUAUUCUAUACAAAGACAGGCAUGGUGCCGCUUGGUCUUCUUGGACCCGUUUCAAAUGAUUGGCUGCGUGAGAACAAAGUGGUUGGCUGCCCACAUCCGCACAUACCCUCCGAUCAUUUUCCAUUGCUGGUGGAACUGGAGCUGAUGCACACGGCCAGCCAGCAGGCGCCACCCAAUGGGCUGAUCAAUCGACGGUAGCAAUAGACAAGACGCGGAAGGCCGGCGACAAUGUUGACGACAACAACGACCUCUCGGACAGCCACUGGCGGUGGAUCAUUGCACCUCAACUAUAGGGGAUGCAGCAGCAGCAGAAACAGCACCAGCAACAGCAACAGCAACAUCAGCAGUAGUGGCAACAAUAAUACCAAUCAAAACAGCAACAGCAACAACAACAGCAGCAAUAGCCUCCGCCUAGCCUCCCAUGCAUCAUUACGCAAACCACAAAAGCCCCCAUCGAAUGAUUGAGCCCAAUUUAACAUCCUCUCCCAAAAUAGUUGAGUUUUAAGUUUAGUUCUGAUUAUGGCAAACGAUUGCAAUCCUUUAUAAGUUCUAAGAUGACGAAGUUGUAGAUGAACCGCUUCUUUGUGCAAUUGCGGACCCCUUUUUACGGAUAACAUGCUGUGAUCUUGACCCUUCAAGUCACUAUCAAAUCAAAUAUGUUGGUCAAAAGCAAGACACACAAUUGCAGCGGAGAAUCUUACACACAAUUUAAUUGCUGCUCUUGCACGCCGCGUUUCUCGUUUUAUUUUAUCAUUUUUUAAUUUCAGUUUUAGCAUCGAAUAAACUAUAUAAAUACACAUAAUCAAUUUAGGUUUUUGUAUACCACACAACAUUACAGAUACAUACGUGUAGAAUAUUUCAUAAGUUGACUCCAAUCACAACACACAACAACAAACAAAAAACAA